AAGGAAGCAGGAAGAAUGACGUACCGCAUUUGGCGCUAUAAAACCUACGACGUGUCCAUAUUCGAUUCACAUCUAGAAACUGCGAUCAACCGUGCGCCAACGUUGACCAUGGCAGCUGUGCACAAGUAUCUAUGCGCUUUAGCAUUUCUUUCAGUUAUAGUGGUGAUACUUGCAUCAGGGCCAGGUUCCGACCGGCAGAAAAGGGCAAUUUUAAAAGCGUUCAAAGUAAACGCAAAAUCAAAGCAAAUAAGCGGUAAUAUUAAAGUAGACUGCAAGAAAGAAAAGUUCAUUAACUUAAGGAGAUGCUGCGUUGAAACAUUGGGAAAUUUCUUUACUCUAAAUCAAAUCCAAAUAUGUACGCCUGAGAGGAACAUGCACAAACGACUGCUCUCCUAUGCCAAUUAUAUGCUCAACACUUUCAUGACCAAAGACAACACGCUCGACUGGAACACUCUGUCAAACAAUGCUGAUUUCAAGAUAGUAGCUAAUAUCACCAGGUGUCUUUUUAAUUUUUCCGACUCAACAAAUUUGCCAGCAAUGAUGACGGCGAGUGGAAAAAUCAUCUAUGAUGUGGUAGCGACCCACUUUGCCAAGGCUAUAGAUGAGAAGGACGCCAUGCUGUCCAUUGUCACAGCGUGCGGCGCUGACAUUGAUGCCAAAAAAUUUGAGCCAGUAAAAUUGAGCAAUGGAGGAAUGAGCACUACAGAACCAAUCAUGCUUAUCCAAUGCAUCAGACAGACAUUUUUGACAGAUUGCAAAUCUAAGUCUCCUUUACCUGCUAACUGUGACAAGGACAGACUUAAACUCCAAGAGUGCAAAGUAUUCAACACAACAAUUGGGUGAAAUUAAAACGCACUUUUGUCAUCCGUUAUAGACGUAUGUAAUUAACAGGGAUAUCUGAAAUAAACAAUAUAUGAAUCAAUAAAUGGCUUCAUCCAGACCAUUAUUUGCUAUUAAACUAGGAUAUGGACGGCAAAAGCGAACAAUUAAAGAUAUUUUUGCCUCAAAAAAUAAUUUUCUCAUAUUAGACAGCCCUCAGGCCUCAUCAGGAGUUAAACCAACAAAGCAACGGAUUUUGUCUCCCCAUCCAUGAGCCAUUGAAAACAAAUGAUUAUACGCAUUAUAUAUGUUGCUGGACAUAAUUUUAAAAGGGGAAAAUAAAUGUGUGAUGAAUUGGGAUGAAAGCCAUUUAUUAAUUUGCUGUUUAUCUGUGUUCCCAAAUAACAAUGUCUGCAUUGAUAAAAACAUUUAAGGAGUGUAUUUUUGGUUGAUAGAUUGUUUUUCUAUUUUGAAUAAAAAAAUCAAAUAAAUUUUGAGCAUGCACAAUCACUGGA